CAAAAGCUCCCUUCCCGCCUCCUCACCCUUUGGAAUUUGGAAACUGCCCUUCCCGGCUUCCCCAAAAAGCAUUUCCCCAACAAAAACAAGUUCGCAAACCCAGCACCUCGUAUCCUCCCGUCGCCGCCUCGCCUUCCCCUGCGCUACCACCGCCGCUAUCUGAACCCCAGCGCCUAUCCGGUGAGCCGGAGGGGACCGCCGAGGAUGUUUUACUCGCACACGAUCCUCGCGCGGAAGAGCCCGCUGGGCACCGUGUGGAUCGCCGCCCACCUCGAGCGCAAGAUCAAGAAGCCGCAGAUCGAUGGCAUCGACAUCCCCACCUACGCAGAAAGUAUAAUGUUCCCUGAAGUUCCAAUUGCUCUAAGAUUAUCAGGGCAUCUUCUUCUAGGUCUAGUUCGCAUUUAUUCAUGGAAGGUGCAAUAUCUGUUUCAAGAUUGUAAUCGAAUGCUAACUACAAUGAGAACUUCAUUCGCUUCUGUCCAAGUCGAUCUUCCAAUUGAUGCAGACUGUGCUCCAUUUGAGUCCAUUACACUACCAUCAACACUAAAUCUUGACGCCUUGAACUUGGAUGACGCAAUUUCUCUGAUGGAUACGCCAGAUAAUCAUCAGAAGACUCUUGAUCAGAUUACCUUGCCUGAAGGAGAAUAUGUGAUGAUAGAACUUGAUGAGGAUGCCAGAGUAGAGCAAUCAGGUCCUGCUCCAUCAUUACACAUGGGACCUACAGCAAUCGAGGAUGAGACGUCCCCUCCAUUUCAUGAUGGUUUUGGAGCUAAUAACGAUCCUAAUGAAGAAGCUCCCAUAGAUCGUCCCAUAGGCAAUUCACCAGUGAAUUCCAACAUAGCAAAUCUGACAGAUGGAGCACUAGAUCCACCUGAAAAAAUGCGUGAAGCUCCACAUGAGUUUCCUCACCUGAAAUUAACAGAGUCCAUCCUUGGAAAUGAUGACCCCAUGGAUUUGGACCAUGAUUCUUCACCUUUUGUGCAAAACAAGGCUAUCACCCCUCCAGUUAUUGAUGAAACAACUUCUGCUGGUCGACAAGUACCUGGGAGAUCCAUUUCCAAUUUACGUGCACCAAACACCUUUGAUGCUUUUGCAGAUGAUGCACCCCUAAAUUUUGACAUUCAGUUACCUGAAUUUCGGCUUGAGCCAUCUCCACGUCCAGUACAAGAGAACAAGGAUAAUAGAAGACCAAAAGCACAAGUUAGCAAUAGAAAUAGGAAGAGAGGGAUGAAAUUUGAUUACAAAAUUGUGCUCUCCAAUGACUGUAUGAGAAAGCAAAUUGAUGGUGCUGAACUAGAUGAGUUGAUCUGCAAGAGGAGAAAAUUACCCCAGACAGCCCUUGAUGUGUGGAGAUUCAGCAGAACUAACAGACAGGGCAGCUUCUUGCUUGAACCUCUGCUGCAUGGGACGUGCAGUGAUCUUCAAGAAACCUAUGAGAGAAACUUCCCUUGUGUCAGUGGCCUUGAUGCUGAGUGUAGCAAUGUGGCUGGUGUAGCAAAUGAUGAUCCGGAUGCAUCACUUGAACGGCAGCUAAGCCCAAAUGUUCCUAGAACUGCGGAGCUGUCUUACCAUGAGCUCACCCCAACGUCUCCAGGAAAUGCAGAGGCACAGCCUGAACCACCUCUGCCAACCCUAAAGUCACCAGGAGCUGCAGGUGCAGUGCCAGACGAUGAUAUGUUGCCUGAGUUGCCCCGGUUCUCACCAAUAGAUGUGCCAUCUUCAAUAAGAGGAAAUGAUACUCCUUACAAAACUCCUGGCGGAACUCCAUCUUGGCUCGGAGGAUCUGCUGUUUCUGAAAUACCAUCAUCUGAUGGGAACUAUUCAUUACCUGGACAAAGUACUCGUGACUCUGAUAACAUGUCAUUCCUUUUUCCAAUCAAUGAAGAUGAUGAACACCCAGAGAUCCCUGGUCUCAUGAGUACACCUGGAGGGGUAUCUAGUGUAGCUACUGGAACUACCGGAUUAGGAAGCAUGUCGGCUAGGACAAGGGCUGUUGCACUUUUCUUUAAGGAUCAUGCGUCUUCACCCUCAGAUGAUCAGCCUGGAAAAUUCAGUUUGAACAAAAUUUUGGAAGGGAAAACAAGGAAACAGGCUGCAAGGAUGUUCUUUGAGACAACGGUUCUGAAGAGUUAUAAUUACAUUGAUGUGCAACAAGAGGAUCCAUAUGGAGCCAUUGAAAUUUUAGUUAAACCCUUGCUGUCAGCUGCCAAACUGACAUAAGUUACUUGGAAUCAUCUGCAGGACCUCUUGUCCAUCUGCAAAAAGAUAGAAUCCCCAAAGGCUACCUGAAUAUUGUUUCCGGGUGAUCCUGGAGAAGGGGUCAAAUGGGCGUAAACUUCUGUUAAAUGUCGGCUAGGGACUAAGUUAGCUUAGUGAAUAUCAGUGCGAAUACUAGUGUGACAUCUUAUACAUGUUUAUGUCUAUUACUUUUCCUUUUCGUCCAUUAAGAAGGUUUUCAUGAUAUUCUGUAAUAUGACCUGUUUGGUCGCUGCCUAGCUUGCCACAUUUUACCUAACUUUUCUGCUUAAUGUUAGUUCUUUAAUUCGAACGACUAACCUUAGCCAAAGUGUGGCACAGUUAGCCACGAACCAAAUAGACCCAUAAUCCUUCUGUUUGGUUGGCGUGGGCAGCCAUGCGACAAAUUAAAGCGUAUGCUGUUUGGUUCACUUUGGUCAUGUUUGGUUCAACUUUUUUCUAACCAGCUUUUA